CGAUGGGCUAGGGAGUCUGGUCAAGUUCAAGCUCAGGUUACAAUGGAUGCGAAUGAAGAAACCGAGUUCUCCGGUGUGGACGAACAUACCUAUGAUGGCCCACAGGCCUAUAAUUAUGAGCAAAUUAAGAGUUAAAAUAAUUAAAAGUAAGACUUACUCUGCUAAGUCCUCGUUUUCGUUGCACAGAAUGUCUGCUAACGUUAGCACUUGGUCCUCCAGUCCAGCCCGCGCCAAAAUCCGAUGUACACUUUGACGGUGGACUUGAUUCCAUCGAGUGCACCGAGGGAACAGCAUCAGUAAUCAGCCUCACGUGGUCCUUACUCCGAAAUCCCAUCCGAGACUCCAACAAAUCUCCAGGUCGAUAAUUCUCCGGAGUGAAAUGUGCGCCACAAACGACCGAGUGUGUGGUAACAGACGCGGCAGUGAAGUCUGCUCUCUUCACCUGCACAAAACGCACUCAAGACCGAAAAGCCUUGUUUUUUCUAGAAGGAAAAUGAUGGACACGAUGUCCUGACAGGCUGGAAUUCGUGCAACCUGUCCUGACAGGCUGGAAUUCGUGCAACCAGCACAAACACAAUAAUUUACCAUUAUGGCUUCUCUAAAACUUUCUGUACUGCUCUAACUACAUCAACACCCAACAAUGAGAGAGCUGACCGCGAGCUCUUUUGUUUGCCUCGCCUACGUCAAAUGAGCCUAGCACAUUUUCAUCAAAAUCUCUACAUCAAAUGAGAUUUCAUUAGUAAUUUCUACAUAUGUGUUUUAAAAGACCUCUGCAGACAAUAUAAAUUAUUAAUUCAGUUAUAAAUUCAACCUGCAUGUUGCUCUUUAUGUUCAUCACAUAAGCUUGAUAUUUAUCUGGUUACGACUGUUUACAAUGUACACAUUCUAGCAAGCCAAACGACUACGGGUAACUUAACGAGUAGGAGAGGAAUAGAAGUGUCUAUAUGGGAUGUGCUUAAUCCUCAGACCUUAUUAUCUUCAAUAUCUGACCAAGAGCAGGUUAAAAUGUAAAAGUGCUGAAGAGAAUCAUUAAAAUCGUGUGAUGUUUCUGAAAUCCUCGUGAUGGAUGUUGAUUGUGUUGUGACUCCAGUAACUCCAGUACAGCAGGGGGCGCUAUGAAGCUCUUUAGUCCGCCGGUAAACUCACUAAACAAAGACAGAAGAACUCACAGUUUGUUUAGAUGUUCAGCUGCUGUGUGUUUGUUUAUGUCUUUCAUGUUGUGAUAUUUAUGUGAUCUUGAGAUGUUGAAGAUGAGUUUGCAGGUGGAUCUGAUGUGCUGUAAAUCAGUAGGAACUGAUCUGUCCAUGCUGGAUAUUGAUGAUUUCAUGACAGAAAUCUCUCAGCUGAAGAAAGAGGUGGCGUUACUGGAGGCAAAGCUGAGGGAAAGAGGAGAUCCACUGAACGGAGAGGAGCUGGAGAAGGUUUCCUGUCAAUCUUCAGUGUGUGUGACUGAUGGGACCUCCACAGAAUGUCAGGAUUCAGUGUGGAGCGUCAGAGAUCAGAGAUCCAGAGACACACAGGACUCAGAGCUCAGCCUCACUUUACUCUGUUAUACUGACGCUCAGGAGAGUGUGUGUGACAGUAAUCAGGGUGAUCAAACCUCCACAGAGUCUCUGGCUUCUGUCUGUAACGCUGGAGAACAGCAGAUGCUGCAGAUACCAUUGAAGAUGUGUUCAGUGAAGCUGCUGGACUGCAGGAACCUGAUGGAGAUGAGAGGAGAAACCACAGCAGAGGAACAGCAGAGUGAUGAAGAUGAUGAUUAUAUUCAACAUGAUAAAGAUGAAGAUUAUAUUGAUUUUGUUCCUUCAGAUGCAGACAAAGGUUCAUCUUCUGAUGGAGAAACGGCUUCUACACCAAACGAGCGUCUGACAGCACAGAGUCUUUCCUGCAUCACCUGUGAGAAGACAUUCAGCUCAAAGGGACAUUUAGCAAGACAUGAAAGAAGACACACAGAACAGAAAUUCUUCAAAUGCAGGAGAUGUGGGAGCAGCUUUUCUACCGCAGAAGAGAAGAAACUCCAUUCAGAAGUGCACAGAGGAAAGGGGUUCUGUUGUGAGCAGUGCGGGAAGGUUUUCUUUGUUCCUUCUCUUCUAAAAGUUCACAUGAAGACACACAGUGAUGAAAAGCCUUUCCACUGCAGUGAGUGUGACAAGUGUUUCAAAACUAAAGGAAGUCUUGUUGUACAUGAGAGAACACACACUGGAGAGAAACCGUACAAGUGUCCUCACUGUGAGAAGAGAUUCACAUACGGAAACUAUCUGAAGAUACAUGUCCGUUCGCACACCAAAGAGAGGCCGUAUCAGUGCAGUGAAUGUGGGAAAACCUUUGCCGGGUCAUAUAGUCUAAAGUCACAUCAGAAAAUACACUCUGAAGAGAAACCCUAUCAAUGCUCACACUGUGAUAAAAGUUUCCGUCAGAAAUCUCAUCUGAGACUCCAUGAGAGAAUGCACUCUGGAGAGAAACCUUACCUCUGCUCUCAUUGUGGAAAGAGCUUUUCUGGUCCAAGUCAUCUCCAACUACAUCUGAGAGUCCAUACGGGAGAAAAGCCUUAUAACUGCAGCGUUUGUGGGAAGAGUUUCAGUAAAUAUGGUGUCUUUGUAAAUCACCAGAGAACACACACUGGAGAAAGACCUUACAAAUGCACUCAGUGUGACAAAACGUUUGCUCGAUCAGAUGUCCUGAAAACCCAUCUGAGAAUGCAUACAGGAGAGAAACCUUACAGCUGCUCUAUCUGCGGGGAGGGAUUCGCUUAUUUAGGAAGUUUUAAUGUUCAUAAAAAGAAACAUGCUAAAGAACAAACUGCCCUGGAAUCUUUAUAGCAUCUUUUCACAGCUCAGUCUGUUAAAAAGAAGCUGUACAUUGUGCUCUUAUUGACAGUAGGGGGCAGUAUCACAUUAACUCUCCACAACCUCAAACAGUCACACUCCAAACUCCACUAUGGCUAAGACCAAAGAGCUGUCAAAGGACACCAGAAACAAAAUUGUAGACCUGUACCAGGCUUGGAAGACUGAAUCUGCAAUAGGUAAGCAGCUUGGUGUGAAGAAAUCAACUGUGGGAGCAAUUAUUAGGAAAUGGAAGACAUACAAGACCACUGAUAAUCUCCCUUGAUCUGGGGCUCCACGCAAGAUCUCACCCCGUGGUGUCAAAGUGAUCACAAGAACGGUGAGCAAAAAUCCCAGAACCACACGGGGUGACCUAGUGAAUGACCUGCAGAGAUUUGGGACCAAAGUAACAAAGGCUACCAUCAGUAACACACUACGCCGCCAGGGACUCAAAUCCUGUAGUGCCAGACGUGUCCCCCUGCUUAAGCCAGUACAUGUCCAGGCCCAUCUGAAGUUUGCUAGAGAGCAUUUGGAUGAUCCAGAAGAGGAUCGGAAGAAUGUCAUAUGGUCAGAUGAAUCCAAAAUAGAACUUUUUGGUAAAAACUCAACUCGUCGUGUUUGGAGGAGAAAGAAUGCUGAGUUGCAUCCAAAGAACACCAUACCUACUGUGAAGCAUGGGGGGUGGAAACAUCAUGCUUUGGGGCUGUUUUUCUGCAAAGGGACCAGGACGACUGAUCCGUGUAAAGGAAAGAAUGAAUGGGGCCAUGUAUCGUGAGAUUUUGAGUGAAAACCUCCUUCCAUCAGCAAGGGCAUUGAAGAUGAAAUGUGGCUGGGUCUUUCAGCAUGACAAUGAUCCCAAACACACCGCACGGGCAACGAAGGAGUGGCUUCGUGAGAAGCAUUUCAAGGUCCUGGAGUGGCCUAGCCAGUCUCCAGAUCUCAACCCCAUAGAAAAUUUUAGAGGGAGUUGAAAGUCCGUGUUGCCCAGCGACAGCCCCGAAACAUCACUGCUCUAGAGGAGAUCUGCAUGGAGGAAUGGGCCAAAAUACCAGCAACAGUGUGUGAAAACCUUGUGAAGACUUACAGAAAACUUUUGACCUCUGUCAUUGCCAACAAAGGGUAUAUAACAAAGUAUUGAGAAACUUUUGUUAUUGACCAAAUACUUAUU